AUGGACACCCUCGGAACGGGGCGAGAUUCUUCCAACACAGUGCGGGACGGUGACGUUGUGACCAAUCCUCGCUACAUUGGGCAAUCGGCGGGAAUCCACUCGACGGGGUACGACGGGCGAGGGCCAGCUGAGGAAUCGCGCUACGGCGCCACGCCCCUGGGUGCGGGGAAUGUCCGCAAUGACCAGGUUUCAGGUGCUCAGCCGAGUUACACUGGCCAGACGACUUCCGGGGCGUGGCCUACUCCCGUUGCGCCCCCUAAUGCGCAUCGAUCUGAUCUUGUAGGCCAAGGGAGGGGUCUAGACAGUCACUCCAGGGAGGGGAUGGUGGAGAAUAGAAUGCACAACGUGGGCACGGGACCUAACUCGGGAACGAACCAAGAUGCCUAUGGAGCUUCCGGGUAUGGUGAAUCUAGGAAGGAGGGAGUAAUGCACAGAAUGGCAGACGCAAUGGGCAUGGGACCUCAUGCAGGAGCCCAUCACACUUCCGGCGCUCAGCAUGCAGUUUUGGGUUAUAAUCCGAAUGAGAAUCACCCGAGCUCGAAUAUGGGAUUCGGUGGGGGGUUAGGGCAUCCGACUAACACGACCGCAGGGAUCGAUCAGUCUCAUGGAUUGGGCUCCCACGCCGUUACUGGUACGCACGAUGGACAACAACUCGGCAACGGGCAGGUUCCGCCUGGUAUACUAGGGGAGCGUCGGGUUGAGCCUGGGUACGACGCUUCACAAGGUCAGAUGGGAAGCAAUUAUCACGGUGUGCAAGGCACUGAGGGUAAUUACGAUGCGAGCAACACGGGUGCGUAUCCUGAAUCUCACACAGGGAGGAUAAACCCUAACUCCACCAUGGGAGACACGGGAUUGGAUCGGUACACUCCUGCGUACUCUCAUCACGACAUGACUGAUACAGGGUUGGGCCAUCACUCGCAUCCCGGAUCCAACACUGGCUACUCGUAUGAAACCAAGACAGACUCUGUCGAUGGGUACCCUCAGAAUACCAUGGGAUCAGGCACAGGACUGGGUCACCAAAGCGACAUCAGCGGCCAUCCCCAUGAAACAUUGGGGAACAGAAUGGAGGAGACGGUGGGAGGUCGCCGCCACGAUUACAAUGAAAGGGUGGGGAAGAGCUUCGAGGACACAAGCUAUGAUGAAAAGCUCAGUGGCUUCGAUGGAACCAGAACGAACGCCGGAGCUGGUGAACAUGACGUUACGAAGACUGGAGCAGUUGGCUACGGUGCGACAAGGACCGGAGAUGCAUCCGUAUACGAUGCCACGAAUGUGGAUCACGCGCACCGACAUGCGGAUGCCGACGUCUCUGGUACCCAGCAGCCCGAGAAGAAGGGUUUCGUGGGCAAGAUCAAGGACAUGAUCCAUCACUAG